AAACAGUCUUUGUAUAGAUGCUUACGUAUAUACAAUCCCAGGUUCCAGGCUCUUUCUGAUCCAGCAAACAGCCAUCGUCUAUUCCUAUAGACCUGUUAACGAACUGCCCCUUAUUCCCAAAACAAACAUCGUCCUCGACACAGCAACAAUGGCUACCUCCGUCUUCCGCUCAACGGUAUGCGGUGCCCUCCGAGCCGGAGCUGUGGCAACUCGAUCAAAUGCCGUGGCCAUGUCAGGAGCUGCAGGAGCACGCCUCAUUUCAACCAAAGCAACCCUCCCAGAUCUCAAAUAUGACUACGGCGCCCUCGAGCCAUCCAUCUCCGGGAAGAUCAUGGAGCUCCACCACAAAAAACACCAUCAAACUUACGUAAACUCCUACAACGAUGCCGUCGAGAAACUAGCCGCGGCACAAGAAAAAGUAGAUAUCCAGUCCCAGGUGGCACUGCAAGCCCUCACCAACUUUCACGGCGGUGGCCAUAUCAACCAUACACUAUUCUGGGAGAACCUGGCCCCAAGGAGCGCUGGAGGCGGUGACCCCCCUUCCGGGACCCUGGGUACAGCCAUUGAAAAUUCCUUUGGAAGUUAUGACGCAUUCAAGUCGACCUUCAACACGGCGUUGGCGGGGAUCCAGGGCAGUGGCUGGGCGUGGCUGGUUAAGGACAAGCAGACGGGGGAGAUUGCGAUCAAGACCUACGCUAACCAAGACCCUGUCGUCGGCCAAUUUGUCCCCCUGCUCGGCAUUGAUGCCUGGGAACAUGCCUACUACCUUCAAUACGAAAACCGCAAAGCAGAAUACUUCUCCGCUGUAUGGGACGUCGUGAACUGGAAGGCUGCUGAGCAGCGAUUUGUUUAAAAGUAUAUGUGUAUAUAGCUAAUUGAACACACACACACAACUAACCUUUUCUGUAAGAAAAAUUUUUCUCGCCCAAAACUAAAAAGCAUCAGCGAUUAAACGCGUGCAGGCAUUGACACAUUGGAGUAAAUACCCGGCUCCUCUCUGGCCCUAUCUGCAACAAUCCACAACGAGUCACCAACCCGCUGUUAACUGCAAUUCGUUUUUUCCAAACUGGCCAGCUCCAUGUAUAUAUACAUACAUAUAGCAUUUUCUUUGUUUUCUCGAUGUAUAGCUUUCGACCGAAGCAGUUGGAUGUAUAAAACAGGUCGAUCACCGUUUUAAAAUUUUAUUCGCCUACCAUGUAUUUUCUAUAUUCAGAUCUCAGAAAAGCUAGAUUUAUUUAAGCAAAGGUUACUUACUUACUUG